AUCACUAAAAUCUUUCCUUCAGGAUUAGUAAUAAAUAUAAGCAACAAAAGUCUAUUUGUUUUAGAAGACAAAAAGAAAAUCUUAUUUUCAGUUUUUAGUUUUCAAAAUUUUGAGAAUGACAUCAUAAGAUAUCUUGUUUCUCAGUUUGAUCUUAUUGUCUAAUAUGGUGGUAUGUUCAGGAAAGAAACGACAACUAAAGGUCGAUCUAAAAACACAGGAGGCUGAAAAUGGAAAAUUGAAGGAUGAGAUUAUUGAAUCCCUAAAAGUAGCCAAUAAAGCUGAACAGGGCCAGCUGACAAGUAAAUUGGAAAAUUUAGAGAAAGAACUUGCCUCAACCAAACAAAGCAAUGCUGAAAGCAACACAAGGCAUUACGUCGGAGGCAAGGGUACCAGAAACAGGCAACUGAGUCUUCUAAGUUACCGGAACCGAUAGUAACCGAAAUUCCCUAAGAUCUCCGCGGAGAAGGAUGUAGCCGUCGGAAUCUGAUUGAUCCCACAGUCAAAAUCCAGGUUUAUGGAAACCACCCUGGCACAGUGGAAGAAACCAUGCGACAAUUUUCUGCAGUUAAACUUUCUGAAAAUUUCCUGGAACUGAACGGCCCUUCAGUAUGAUCUCACGAUAUUACCCUUUUCGUUAAGCAUUUUACUACCUUCAUUUUAGUUUGUAAUAAUCAAUAAAAUUCUGAAUUAUCU